AGGGAAUAACCAGCGUGAGUUCCCUUUUCGUGGCAGUUUCUUUACGCUCUUCCCCCUCGGCUUUCAGGCUCUGAUGUCAGCGGCUUUGCAUUUUUUUAAAAUUUUAUUUUCCCCUCCCCUAGAAUCAAAGGUUGUAAAACUUGUUUGAACACCGGGCAAAAGGGAAAAAAACAAACACCAGGACCAGAAGCGGAGCGAGCCCAGCCAAAAGCGCGUGGCGGCCGGUGGCGGCCGGGGAAGGUCUUUUCCCCCCCGCAAGACCCGAGCGCUUAAGAAGCCGAUCCCUCCACCAGACACGGGUGUAUACUUGCACGUCAGCAACUGGACAGCCACGCCAAGCCAGAAGGGAGAAAACCUGGAAGAUCUUCUUGGGAAGUGCACGUUAGAGGAGGCAGGGAUGAUGUGGCGUUGAGCCAUGGUGCUCCAGAACGCAGACGGCAUGGGGGUGCUGAGCCAGUCGGAGCUCUGCCCGUGCCCAGCUCCCUUGGAGAAGGAUCACCUGGAAGAGGCAUCAAAGGGUCACCGGAGCCCAGAGCGGGACGGAUCCCUUACCCAGAUCGGCACCGAAGGCGACUCCCUUUCUUCCGGGAGAGGUUCCAGUCCAGGGGGGAACUCCAGCCGCUGUACAGAAGAGGAUGAGGCCAGCAGCACGGAGAGUGCUCAGCAUGGGCAUGAGAGUCCGUGUGCAGGAAGGAAUGGGUCUCCUUCAAAGGCAGAAAAUCAGCAGCAACCUCUCACGCUGAGCAAGAUUUCGGUCCUUGAAAAUCGGAUCAAGGAGCUGCACCACCAGAAGAAGGAGCUGAGCAUAGAGAUGGACCUGGAAGGAGCUUUGCUGGAAGGAGAGCUGAAGGAAGAGAGGCAGGAAAUGAGGCGGGAAGAGGAACAGCUGCUGGAGCUGCAGAGGCGACUUGCAGAGACGGAGCGCAGGUGUCAGGCGGAGCGGGAAAAGGAGAAGGCGCGGCUGCAACAAGAACGUCGCAAGGUGGAGGAGCUGCAGCGUCAACAUGCUGAAACACAGAUACACCUCGACAACCAGCCGGAAUCCAUGCGGGAGCGCAUGCAGAGCCAGCUACAGGAGACAUCUGAGAUGCUAGAAGGAGCUUUGAGAUGCUAUGAAGAUCUAGAAUUUCAGCAACUAGAGCGGGAGAGCCGACUGGAGGAGGAGAAGGAAGCGGCUUGCCGGGCGCUGGCGGAAGAAAUCGCCCAGCUGCAGAACAGUAUAAAUCAGAGGAAGAGGACAGUGCAGAGGCUGGAAGGGCAGGCUCGGCUGACUCAGGAGCAAAUGGUGGAUGAGGGCCAGCGCUUUGCACAGGAGAAAGGAGAGGCUGUCCGGAACCUCAACGUGGAAAAAAGUCGCUUCAUGGAUAUGGGCCAGGAAUAUCUGGAGAGGAGUGGGGAGGGCCCCACAGAAGAUAAACAAGGUGUUACUCAGCUCACUUUCACCCAAAAGAUGGAUCAGAAAGUUAUUGUUUUGGGCUCCGACAAGUCCGACUCAUCUUCCUGUGUCUUCUCCGUCCGCAGUUCUGUCAAGGGUUCGAUCGGGCUACAGAGGACCGCCAGCCUCCCCCGUAGGCGUGGGGAUCGCCUUCCGCCCAGGAGUGCCCAGCGCCCACUCUCAAUGCAUGGUGCCCUGGAUCCCAGCAUACUGGCAGCACAGCUGUCUGGCGGAAACAACGGACAUUACCUGGGCAGCCCGAACCUGCAAUUCGCCCGUCUCAACAACCCUCUUUAUCAGCUGCUAGGGGGCCAAGGGGCUGUGGGGCAGUUGGGAGGAAACACUCAGGGAGCCUACAGCAAUCUCGGGAACUGUGUCACCAAACUGGCUGAGAUGGAGCGGAGAGUGAUGGAGGCUAUGGCGGAGAGAGAACGGUUGCUGCAGGAAAGAGAGGCCAAGAAAGCUGCCGAAGAAGCAAAGCAGAUGGAGUUGCCCUCAUCAAACAAGAAUCCGGUGGAGAGCCCGGAAGCAAAACCCAUCAUGUUUGACCUACGCAAACACCUGGAGGCAUCGGGACACAGUGUGGAUACCUGCCCGCACGUACGGGUGACCAGCAAGUCCUGCAAAGGCUAUCUGGUCAAGAUGGGUGGAAGGAUCAAGACCUGGAAGAAGCGCUGGUUCACCUUUGAUCGUCUGAAACGGGUCUUGGCCUACUACGCAGACAAAGAGGAGACUAAGCUUAAAGGUGUGAUUUAUUUCCAGGCCAUAGAAGAGGUUUACUAUGACCAUCUCCGCAGUGCGUUCAAGAGCCCCAGUCCUAAGAUGACGUUUUGUGUCAAGACCUACGACCGUCUUUUCUGCAUGGUGGCGCCCAGCCCAGAGGCAAUGCGCAUCUGGAUGGACGCUAUUGUCACAGCAGCAGAGGAAAACGCUCGCUACUGAGAAGCAUAUGUUGCGAUGGGCAACACAACUGUCAACUCUAGACUGUGGCCCUAGUGUGUCUCCCCAAAGGAGCACGUGUGGGUCACUUCUCACUCCUCCCCUGGGGUGGAGCCUGCCAGUAAGAUAGCCAAUGAGGAAGGCGACAUUUAUUUAUGUUCGGUCAGAAGGUUGUGUGUCUCAUUCCAAAUUUAGAGAAGCAGGCUGGGAUUUAAGGCGUAAAGAGGACUGAUCCGUACAUCCAGAGCUGCUCGCUGGGGGACUGCUCCUUGAUCUCCUCCAGUUGGAAAACCUGGGAGGAUGUCUUGGCUGAUGGGAGAUUCUUGGCGUGAAUUCAGGCCACUUGUGAAGAAUAUGACUUCAGUCCGAAGGAAUUUAAAACCAGCUUCUCUGGAAUCUUCGUUUCUUGGACAGUACUGCGUGCACCAAAGAAAGGCAGAUGUUUGGGGAUGACUUUGUAUGAAUCUUAAGGA